AGAUUUUGAGAAAUGUCAAGAAAAUGUCAACGGUUUGAGGAAUAUGUUAUUGGCAAAAUAAUUUUGGAUUUAUUUAAUAUAAUUUAAAUUUUAAAAGCAAAACUCUGACAAAUUAUUUCUCUAGCAUUUGAUAACAAUAAGAUGAUGUCUUCCUACUUUGAUUUCUUUUGUAAAAAUAUAGAAAGCGCAGAGGAUCAAAAUACUGAUCAAAUCGUUGGAACUUGCAACUUAAUGUGCCCUGAAGAUGAAAUAAACCUGCGUGAGGUAGAACGUCUGGUUCACGUUCUAGAAGUAUGGGGCAUGGAGAGGAAGCUAGUGAAGAGCUAUAGCCGGUCGGCGGCUGACUCCAACAUGGCUGUCCCUCAUCUGUUAAGGCCGUAUGCUGUGCUCAUCAAUACUGUGCAGUUUCUGCUUCUUGAAAUAACAAGAAGAAAGGAUGUUCCUGCAUCAGUUGUCUAUGACUUUGUGGAUGACCGUCUGAGGGCAGUGCGGCAAGACAUGACAAUACAGAGGCUGCCUCCAGAACAGUGUGUCAAUCUCCUAGAACCCAUGAUCAGGUUCUAUGUCUACUAUAGUCAUAAGCUAUCUAAUCUACCUCUUAAAGACUAUGAUCCAGCUCUCAAUAAAAAGUCAUUGUUAGAAUGUAUGAAGUGGUACCUGUCCUCCUGUGACACGAUAGAUGAGAAUAAAAAACUGGAUGAAUUAUCAGGACUUUUAUCUCAUUUAGAUUUAAAUAGGAACACUAAACUUACCAAUGAUCGUGUGCUUAUAGAAAGCCUGUAUAUAGUGUGCAAUCUAAAUGAUCUACAUCCAUUGUAUAGAUAUGUCCAUCAUUCAAAGCAAUUAAGAAGAGAGCCAAAAUUGCAGCUAGCCUAUGAAAUAGCCAUUACCAAUCUCCAGGGAAACUACAUAAAAGUGUGCAGAUUGUUAGACAAAGUGUGUCCUCUUACAUACUGUGCCUUAUUUACCUACUUACCGACAUUACAAAGAAAUGCCCUUGAAGUUUUGAGCCAUGCAUAUAAUAAUAAACGCCUCACAAUACCAAGUGAGGUUCUUGUGCACUGGCUACACUUUGCAGAUGAGUUUGAAGCACAAGCGGUGUGUGCACACUAUGGACUCAAAGUUGAAAAACAUGCCGUGAGGUUUGACAAGACUGACUUUGCCGGGGAUUCAACUCUACACCAAUUAAAACUGGAUGAUAACAAAAAGUUGGGAAGUCAAUCAAACCAGAAAUUUGAAAUAAGUAUAAUAGAUAUAUUUACAUACACAACAAGUAAAUAAUUAUAUAUUUAUAGUUUGUUUUUAGAAACCAAUUGUUAAGUUUGAUCUCAGAUAUAGAUAUAUCUACAAUAAAACAAUUAUUAUAAAGGAA